AGGGCUGAUGUCAAAAUGAGGCUCAAAAUAAUCUCGACGAUUAUUUUCAUACAUUUUAGUUUCGUUUACGGAGAUAAUACGAAAAAUGCCAUGAAAAUAACAUUGCCAGCUUAUGCAGUUGCAAAUGAGUCAUUUAUUUUAAGUAAUUCAAGUAGUUGUCGUAGAAAUUUAGAAGUUUUUGCCACAGCUAUAAACAACAGAGAAUCAUGGAGUAUGAAAAGUAAGUAAAAUCCUUAAAUAUAUUUUUAGAAAUGUUGAACAGAAAGUAUCGAAAUUCUACAAAAAAGAAUCGGUGAAACCUGAGUAAAUUGUUCUCAUAAGUUAAACGUUAUUUUAUAGUAUUACAUUUAAAAAUAAAUACGUAAAUUCUUCAUAUAUACAUAAUAUUAUGUAAUAUAUACAUCGAGAAAUCUCGGAUAUUUUCAGAUAAGAUUGGUUUUAUUUGUGAAGAGUAAAUUUACAUACGAGUAUCAUUAUAAUAGAGAGAUGGUAACUAGAUGAUAAAAUUAAAAUCAUAACUAAUUUUUUUUGUUUGUAAAUCCUACUCGACUUAUUUUGUCGCGAGUAUUCCUCAAUCAUCAUUGAAAAUAGUUACAUUAUUACUGGAUGAGAUAGAAAAUAAAAGGCCACCUGAGAGGGAUGGGUAUAGUUGUUCAAAAAUAAUAAGGAUAAAUAAUAUCGACCGAAAGCGUUAUUUUUAUAUAUACUAAUUUUAAAUUAUUUAUAAUUUUUGAAUAUUGAAUACAAAUUGGUAAAUAUAUUUAAUUGUAAUAAGCCUUACUCACCCAUAGACGUAAUAUAAUAUGUAGACCGCACAUUAUACUUGUUUUGUGUAAAACACCUUGAUGCAAAGGUAUAUGCAAGAAAGACAGACUCUAACUUAAAUUGUCCAAGGAGUUUAUCAAUAAUCUAUACAAUACUCUUUAAGAUUAUAAAUAUUUAUUAUUCAUACUAGGGACAAAAUAAUGAUAACAAAAUUAAUAAACAAUGUACAAAAUAAAAAAUAUUUAAAAUGUUUUUAUCAUUUAUGAAUUUGUGUAUCAAUUACCAAGAAGGUUAAAAAAUUGCAUAUAACCUUAUUGAAAAAGUUAACUAUGAGUGAUGAGUCUGUAUCGCUCACGCAUAUGUUUGCUUCAAUAUACUUCACUAAUGCGUGGUCUGUAUAUUUUAUGUCUAUGCAUUCAUCGCAUCUGAAAUUAUUUGUGAUUAUCAACAUGACCUAUCCAUUAUUUAUUAUCUAUGGUUCUUCAGUGGUAGUACAGCAGAGUGAGGAACUAAUAAAGUGUUAUGUUUAUAACCUUGUCAGUGUCUAUCUAUCCGUUUAUUUGUUUCUAUGCAAUUUAUCUCUCACAUAUGGUUUCGAACUUUGUAAUGAGGUUUUAACUAAACGAUUAAUUAGGCUUUAAAGAAAGUUCCCAUUGGUUUUCAGUUCAAUCGGUAAAAAUCGGAAACUUACGCUACUUCGAUACUCCGAUUUGUAUAGAUUUACUUAUAAAUGUAUUUAUUUAUUUAUAAAUAUAUAAUAAUAUAAAAUAUAUGUACAAUUUAAAUAGUGCUAGAUUCAAGUGGAAUACCAAAACCUGGUUUUUAUUAUGGAAAUAAAUUUUGGUUGGGUGUCAAAUCCCAGUGUCUUAGCCUUCAUAAUAACUAUGUUGAAAAUAACUAUCCACCUUUUGAAGUAAAUUAUUUUGCUGCUUACUUUUAUUACGAUCUUGAAACAACAAAAAACGUAAGUUACUGCAAAUAUUCAUAAUAAAUUAAUAAAUAAUUAAUAUUAUUAUAUUUACCUUUUAAUAAUUCUUCACAGAUUUAAAUGUUAGAUUUCAUUAUUAAUUUCAAUUAUAAUAUAAUAUAUACUAUACGAUUUAAGGUGAAAUUUCCUACAUUUAUCGUUGCAGAAUGUAUUGACGUUAGGUCUUUGUUUGCCAAACAUUUGUACUAAUGAUGAACUGUCGUUGAUCUUGAGAAAAAUAUUCAAUGAACGUAACCUAAUGAUGAGUGACAUUUAUGAAGUUGAUUAUACAUUUUUACGGGUCAGCGAUCUCAAGACUAAUUACCAUUAUCUUUUAAACUGGAAGUCAAUCAUAAUCGAGUAUUAAAUUUAAUUACCAUUUACCUACCAUAUUAUUUUUUUUAUCAAACACUUUUUAUUAAGUUUUCAUAUUUUUAGACUUAUUAUAUUUUUUACUAUAUUGAUGAUGAUAUUCGGAUCAAUUUAUGACGUUCGUCGUAGAAAAGGAAUGAAAAAAUUAAAUAGUAGCAAUGCAGUCCUCACUUACAACAACGGUUAGUUAAAAGUGGGAAAAUAAGUGGUGUUUUUUUCUCUCUAUUCAUGUAACGUUGUUUUUUUUUUUUUUUUAUAUUCAUAAAUAGAUUCACCAAGAAAUUUAGUGAUAACUAAUAAUAAUAUUUCCAACGAUCUUAAUAAACAAAAACAAAAUAUAUUUGGUGAAAUUGUAUUAUGUUUCUCUGUCUACACUAACACAAAAUUAUUAUUGAACACCAAAAAAGGAUCAGAUAGUAGUUUAAAAUCUAUUCAUGGAAUAAAAUUUAUUGCGAUGGUCUUUGUUAUAUUUUUUCACACUAAACAGUAUACUGAUUGUUCUGCCGGUAAGUCCAUACACUUAUUAAUCAUUAUAUUAUUGGCUAUUAUUUACGGUAAUUCUUUUAUGUUAAAUGCAUAACUGCUAUGGUACUAUUUUACAUGAUUACGACCAGAGGCUCUAUUCUCAAAUUCAUAAAAAUAUGAUCCGUAUCACGUAAUUGCUCUUUUCAUUUGAUCAGAAAAAGUCGUAUUUAUAAAAGAUAUCUGUGUACAAAUCAGUUAAUUUAAGUAAAAAAUAUUCACACGUUUUCUUCGAAUGAGGCUAGGCAACAAGAAACAAUCUUCCGUACAGAAGAUUCCUUUUAUCCAAUAUAAAAAAUUUGUAUCUUAAAAAUAUAUUUUACAGUAGUAAAUAUAUAUUUGCUUAUAUUCUGGGCAUAGCGAGAGAUAUAUUGGUUUUACUACGAAGUGUUUUGUUUUUAUUUUCUCUUUGUAAAUAACGUUUCGGCCAGAAAUCUUGCUCCAAUUUAAAAUGACAAGGGAUUUUUUUGUUACGUUUUAAAUCUAGGUGGUGCAUUACAGAAAUCAUUUUUUGAUUAUCUAAGUAGUUUUCAUAAUAGUUGAAAAAAACUAGAAAGAGACGUAAAAUGAAAACUGACAAAAAUUUACUGCGUUACGAUUUCAUUAUUUUAACGUUUCACGAAUUAUGUUUUAUACUAAAAAUAUUGCUCCAAUCAUAAAAUGACAAUAGGCCAUUUGUGUUUUUGAAAAAUUAAGACUUUUUUUUGAUUUUCCAGGUAGUUUUUCAAUAAUUAGUUAAAACAAGAAAAAACGUAAAAUUAAAACGAAAUAAUUUACGGCAUUAGGUAUUUUAAAUUUAUAUUGUUUAUGUUUUUCACCAGAAAUAUUGCUUUAAUCAAGAAAUAUCCAUAAAUCUUUUUUAUUAAAUUUUGGAUCUUUUUGAUGAAUAAGAAAAUCAUUUUUUCCGUGUACUGUUCUUUAUAAUUGAGCAAAACCGGAAAAAAUAACGUAAAAAGAAUGGGGAGGUUUACAGAAAUAAUGGUUUCAUAAUUUUCAAUUUUAAAUUCUGAGUGGAGCGUAUUUGAAACGAAAAUACCAAGGCAAUUAAAAUUUAUUUUGCAAUUACAAAUUAUUGCAAUUAAAAUUUGUCAAAACAUGUUUGAUAUAUUUUUGCUCAGAACAGUUUUUUGUUUUAACUUAAUUUAAUAGUAAUGGUUUAUUAUCAUUUGGUACAGAUAUUAAUUCCCUUUUAUUUCAAUUAUUUACAAUUAUAUUUUACCUUUUCAGUUCCCAACUUCCCGCCCAAAACAAUACAUAUAAUCCAUUGUACGAAGUGUGUUCAUCUUUUUUUUAUUUCCGAUUUCCCUUAUAACACGGAGGGGGGAAGUUGUCGAGCUACACUCAAAAUCGGUUUAUUUUCAAUUAUUUAUCGUUGAUUUAUUAUAAAGAUAUAAACUAAAUUAUUAAACUUUGCCAAUUUUCCUCCUAUAACAAUAAUCUAUAUUCGCGGUGCUAAAUCUUUGCAGUUUUUUUAUCUUUUUUUUUUUUGUAUGUAGAUAACACUUAUUAUUACACCAAAGGCACUACAAAUUUACUUGUGGAAAUUAUUGAUAGGAGCAGUCAGGCAGUUAAUGUAUUUUUUUUCCUAAGUGGUUUUCUAAUUGUUUAUAAUUUGUACUCUCGAGAGAUUAAAAAUAAACUUAAUGGAAAAGAACCAACAAAACCAACACUUUCUUCAUUAUUUGAGGCUCUAUACAAAAGAUACUUAAGGUAAAUUGAAAAAUAAUUCCUAUACAAAUAUAUGGUUAUUUAAACGUUUUUAUCAUUUGGGUUGGUUUGUAUUCAUUUCUUUUAACAAAAAAAUACUAUUUCAAGAUUAACACCGGCUUAUAUGAUGACGAUGGGUAUCACAUAUAUAUGUUUUUCUCAUUUUGACGACGUAUCACAGCUUUUUAUUCCUACGAAUGUUAAGUUUCAUCACAGUUUGAUUUACGGCGGUAGUAAAGAAAAUUGUGAUAACUAUUGGUGGACUCAUUUGCUGUAUAUCAACAAUUUGUUCAACUUUAAUGAAAUGGUAAUACAAAUAUCGAAUUAAAUUUAAAUUUAAUGUAUUUUGUAUAAUUAUAAUUUUCAUUUAAAGUGUAUCACAUGGGGUUGGUAUUUGGCAAAUGAUAUGCAAUUUUUUAUAAUCGGAUACAUCAUCACAACCUAUUCUGUAGUGUAAGUUAAUAAUUGAAUGUAAUUCAAUAAAUUAAAAAUGAAAUGUAAACUAUUAAAUACAAUCUGGAAUAUCAAUUGAAAUCUAAUCAAAAUUAUUUUUUUAGUUACUUUUACUCGUCUGCUGCAUUCUGGACAAUUCUUAUGGUUUCUACAACUAUCGUCAGUGGCUACGUAUCAUAUUCACGUGAUUAUUUUCUAUCGUAAGUCAAUAAUAUUAUAUUUCCUGUACUUGUACGGUGAUAUUCAACUUUUUUUUUUUUAUUAUUACAGACAAUUUAUUUCCAUGUCAGAAGAAGAUUUGAUGUAUAAAUUACCGUGGAUGAGAAUUGGACCCUAUCUAAUUGGAAUGGCUGUUGCAUAUUACCUUAUUCAAAUGAAAGAUAAAAUCAAUUUAAAUAAGGUAAAAAUUGAUCUAAUGACAAUUGUUUCAACUUAAGUAGUCAAUAUUUAUGUCUACUGUGUCUACAAGUGUAGCUCGGUUAAAAAUAACUUGCUAAAUAUUUUCAAGUGAUGGAUAUGAAUACCUAUAUUUUGACGACAAAUAAAAAUCACAUUUUUCGUUUUCUUAGAUAAACAUUUGGAUACUUUGGAUUUUGGCACCAACUGCUUUGAUUGGGUCAAUUUGGUUUCAUAAAACAGAGUUUUCUAUACUUGAAAUGGCAUUUUAUGUUGCAGUAUUUAGAUCAAUUUGGGGAUUGUCGAUUGGCUGGAUUGUGUUUGCUUCAGUUACUGGUUAUGGAGGUAAUAUGAUUAAAUAUUUAAAAAUGUUAAAUUAUCAUUAUCAUCACUAAGUACAUUAAUAGCAUUGUAAUAUUUGUCUUAAUUUAUAUAUAUUUAUAUAUUAUAUAAUAAUAAUUAAGUUCGUUUUAUUAACUAGGUUUCGUAAAUACAUUUUUAUCACGCGAAAUAUUUGUUGUACUGGGUAGACUUACCUACUGUGCCUACUUAGUCAACCCAACCAUCGUAUUUCUAUCAUAUUUUGAUGCUGAUGAAGCAAUCCAUGCUGAUAUAAUGUUACAAGCAAGUUUAUUUAAAAAAUAUUAUCGAAAUUAAUCAUAUUUCAGUAGCAUUUCUAAUUCAAAAUUCAAUUAUUUUUUUUACAGUUGCCAAUGUUUUUGGGUAUUGUAGUAUUGACAUUCUUUGGUGCCUUUAUUUUUUAUCUGAUGUUUGAGACACCAUACAUAUCAUUGUUGAGAGUGUUAACAACUAAAUCAAAAUAUAAAUAAUAAAAAUGGAAAAAAUACAUUUUAGUAAUUUUUCCAUUAUUGAAGUCAUUCGUCUUAUUUAUUAAGCCUUAUUAUUAGACAUAAG